CCCGGCCCAGCGGCCCUCACACAUCUCAAGAAGCGGGCCGCGUUUCAGGCUUGGAAGAGAGCGCGCGCGUCAUGACGGCUGACGGGAUGCUUGGGGUGACCACGGCCGCCUUGCUGCUGGCGGCGCUCGGCUCGCUGGCCGGCGUGGACGCGUCGGCCUACGACAAGAUUGUCAGCCACAGCCGCAUCAGGGCCAGGAGCGAAGGGCCCAACGUGUGCGCCCUGCAGCAGGUUCUGGGCACCAAGAAGAAAUACUUCAGCACCUGCAGGAACUGGUACAAAGGCGCCAUCUGUGGCAAGAAGGCGAUGGUGGUGUACGAGUGCUGUCCCGGCUACAUGAAGAUGGAAGGCAUGAAAGGAUGUCCCGCAGUGGCCCCCAUCGACCACGUGUACGGCACCCUGGGCCUGGUGAGGGCGCUGCAGACGCAGCAGUACGCCGACGUGUCCAAGCUGAGGGAGGAAAUCGAGGGCGGAGGCUCCUUCACCCUGUUCGCCCCCAGUGAUGACGCCUGGGACCGGCUGGAUGCCAGCGUUCGCUCGGCGCUGGUGGGCAACGUGAACAAGGAGCUGUACAACAGCUUGCGCUUCCACAUGCUCGAGCGCCGCCUGCUGACCAAAGACAUGAAGGACGGCAUGAGCGUCGCGUCGGCGUACCAAGACUCGGCCCUGCGCAUCAACCACUACGCCAACGGGGUGGUGACGGUCAACUGCGCCAGGAUCGUCCACGCCAACCAGGUGGCCACCAACGGCGUGGUGCACGUCAUCGACGACGUCAUCGGCCCCGUCAGCGGCACCAUCAAAGGCUUCCUGGAUGUGGAAGACCAGCUGUCCUCCUUCAGCAUGGCGGCGUUGGCCUCGGGCGCCAUGGACAAGCUGGACCGGCCGGGCCACUACACGCUGUUCGCCCCCACCAACGCCGCCUUCGACCGCUUGGGGCCGGGCCACCUGGAGCGCCUCAUGGGGGACAAGGACGUCAUUGCAGCCCUGGUGAACUACCACCUGCUGAAGAGCGUCCAGUGCUCGGAAGCCAUCAUGGCGGGCUCGGCGUACGAGACGGAGGAAGGCGGCAGCGUGGAGGUGGGCUGCGACGGCGACAGCCUGACCGUCAACGGCGUCAAGAUGGUGCUGAAGAAGGACAUCGUGGCCACCAACGGCGUCAUUCACCUCAUCGACCGGGUCCUGGUGCCCGACUCGGCCAAGACUGCCGUGGAACUGAUGGGCAAAGACCAGAGCACCUUCAGCGACAUGCUGUCCCAACUGGGCUUGGCCGCCGCCUUGGGACCCAAGACGGAGUACACGCUCCUCGCCCCCGUCAACGCGGCCUUCACCGACGAGGUGAUGGCGACGGACGGCGCGCUGCUCAAGCGCCUCCUGCAGAACCACAUCCUGAAGCGCAAGGUCACGCUGGACCAGCUCUACAACGGACAGCUGCUGGAGACCACCGGCGGGAAGCUGCUGCGAGUCUUCAUCUACCGCACGGCGGCGUGCAUCGAGAACGCCUGCAUGGUGCGCGGCAGCAAGCGAGGCAGCAACGGCGUCCUCCACCUCAUCAGGACCAUCAUCAGAACCUCGCACAAGACCACCUACGACAUCCUCAAGGCCGACGGCCGCUUCAACCUUUUCCUGUCCCUGAUGGCGACGGCCAAUCUGACCGAGCUGCUGGAGCGAGACGGCUCCUUCACCGUCUUCGCGCCGACCGACGACGCCUUCGCCGACAUGACGGCUGACGACAUGGCGCUGCUGAAAAGCGACCCGACGGCGCUGAGGACCAUCCUGCUCUACCACGUGGCCCGCGGCAUCUUCAUCAAUGGCGGCCUGGAAGGGGGCGUGACCAAUCUGCUCAAGACGCUGCAGGGCAGGAACCUGCACGUUUUGUCCGUGAACAACUCCAUUCACGUCAACUCCGUGGACGUUGCCACGAGUGAUCUGAUGGCCACCAACGGCGUCAUCCACGUGGUCAACAACCUUCUCUAUCCAGCGGACCUUCCGGUGGGUCGCGAGGACCUGCUGCUCCUCCUCAGGAAGCUAAUCAAGUACAUCAAGAUUAAGUACGUGUCAGGAUUCUCUUACUCGGAGAUCCCGCUCACCUUCCUCAGUAAGUCUGGUCCCUCUCCUCGGCCUGAGCUUCGCCUCGCAAAUAUGCUCCGGCUGAAGCUCUUUUGUUCAUCCGCAGGGAGGACCGUCACCGUGACAAAGUACACCGAGAAAGUCCCCGAACCAACCGAAGUCGUGCGGGUCUUCGAGGAGCGACCGUCGCUCACCGAGGUGGCGGAAGGCAAACCCUCCAUCACCGAGGUAACUCGGGUCAUCCAAAGGCAACCCACCAUCACCCGGGUGGUGGUGGCGGCGGCGCAGGGCGAGCCGGUUGUCACCGAGCUAACGGGCGUGGUGGAGCGGGAGCCCUCUGUUACCAAGGUAACACGAGUCAUCGGGGAGCCCGGCGUAAGGAAGGUGACCAGAGUCAUCGAGGGUGGACACGUCGUAUCGGAACACAAGACCGUUGCAGGUGGAGCGAAGUCCCCCGCGGAGUUCGAGCCGCAUAUCAUCGAGGGGCCGGACUUCUCCAAGAUCACCACCAUCCACGGCGACCCCUCCUUGAUAGAACAGGAGUCCGAGAGAAUCACCAAACUCAUCCAAGAGGGAGGCAAGUUUGCCGGCGUCAGGAACGCUCCAGCCGGCAUGAGGAGGAGGAGGACCCGCUUGGUGAGGCGUCACCGCAAGACCGCGCCCCACUGAAGAAACCCGACAGCAUUCGCAAGGAGGCUCAUCCCGGCUCCAUUUUUCUAUCCGGAGCGAACGCUUGCUGUGAUCAAAAAGUGACAUGUACGAAUUGUGAUGAUGAUGACGAUGCAUUUUCGGUUUUGGUGCUCGCAACGCUUUGAGAUGUUUCAAACAAUUCCAUUCAUCUCGAGGUCAAUAAAAGACAUUUUCUAAAUCCA